CCGCCCGGCAGUGGCCCCUUUCCUGGCAUAAUUGAAAUUUAUGGAUUUGGAGGGGGGCUCCUAGAACACAGAGCAUGCCUGCUAGCCAAUCAUGGAUUUGCUGCCCUGGCUCUGGCUUACUAUGGCUAUGAAGAUCUCCAGAAAGAUGCAAAAGAAUUCCAUCUGGAGUAUUUUGAGGAAGCUGUAAACUACAUGCUACAACACCCUCAGGUGAAAGGUCCAGGAAUUGGGUUGCUUGGAAUGUCCAAGGGAGGUGACUUGUGCAUGUCUAUGGCCUCCUUCUUAAAGGGCAUUGCAGCAGUUGUCACCAUCAAUGCCUGUUUGGGAAAUACAGCUUCCUGGCUACACUACAAGGAUAUCAGCAUUCCACCUGUUGGUUUCAACUUCAAGCGCAUGAAGAUUUACAAAUCUAGGGUUGCAGAUGUUAAAAAUGUUUUAAACAACCCACUAAAUGAGCCUGACCGCCAAAGCUUGAUCCCACUGGAGAAGGCUAAGAGCCAUUUUCUAUUCAUUGCUAGCAAGGAUGAUAAGAUCUGGAACAGUGAAUUCUUUGCCAUUGAAGCCACCAAACUCCUGCAGGCGCAUGGGAAGAAGCCUGAGAUAAUCUGCUACUCUGGAGCAGGACAUUACAUUGAACCCCCCUUCUUCCCAGUGUGUGAGGCCACAAUGCAUUCAUUUGUGAACAGGCUGGUGUUCUGGGGAGGUGAACCCAAGGCUCAUUCUGAGGCACAGGUGGAUGCUUGGCAACGUAUCCAAGCCUUCUUCAGCAAACACCUCAAUGGCAAAGAAUACCUGAUACCCAGUAAGCUGUGAUGUACUGGGCUAAUAGGAUGGGGCCCCUGGAGUUUCAAGUCUUAGCGUGACUUGGAUUAUACAACCAUUAUUUACCACCAGUAUAAGUUACUGCAGUGGCUUUUUGCAUUUGUGGCAAGAAUUUUAGGUGUACACCUCUCAUGCCAGAUUUGUUAGAUGUAUUUCUAUUAAAGAAAUCAGAAGAAACAUCUCUUGUCCGAGACACUGUCUUAUUUCUUCAGCAGAAUUUUGUGAAUACCAAGCAAUUGUACUCUGGUUACUUCCCUUUAUUUAUUCAAAUUACCCAUGGACAUGUAGAGAUGCUGCUUCAAUCUUUCUUACUCUUUGUGGGCCCCUUUGUAAUGGGCAAACUGAGCUUUGCUCAGGCUCUUAGCAUAACCAUAGACCUUCCCAGAACUAAGCAAUUAAAUUGUACAGAGUGCCUUAAAGACACUGGGAAAAAUGAGUGCUGUGAUUGGUAUGGUGGGCUAACCAGGUACAGUAGUUUCCCUAGAAGGAAAGAAAACCAAAAAUAGAAUAGGAUUGGAGUAUCUUAUCUAAAAAGAUGAGGUAAGAAACUUGAGGAUUGAACAGUUUGAAAUGAGAAAGUUACAAAAGUAGUGGACAAACAAAGAGAGUAUGUGUUUGUGUUGCCAGCAGGGGGAGACAGGAGUAGCCUUGGAAUUCUUGCUUUGAGUAACAGGGAAUCCAGAAACUAACAUCUCGCACAUCCAGCUGAGGAUCUGAGGCUGGUACCACGAAGGUCACUGCUGUAACAUCCAAGGAACCACUUGCCAGGUCCUAUCAGGCAGAAGUAUACUUGUAAUAAGCCUAGGGGUUACUAAUAAAGUUCACUUGAUACUAAAUUGGACAAGGGGCCAUGUCAAUCCUUGGGGGCCUCUGGUAAAAGGAAUCCUGGGGCAACAUCUUUGGGUAACUUGCCUUGCUUUUGACUAUACAGAGCUAGCUUGAGACAUUACAUGCAUGGCAGAAUUACAAGGAAAACAUGGGCAACCCCAGUGUUAACACUGCAACCCUGUUACUGGAAUGACCUAGAGUAACCCCACGGGGUCAAGAAUGGGACAAGCGUGGAAUAUGCUGGUGGCGCAGCUGAGGAACAGCUGACACCAGCAAUUAAUUACAUUGGUUUUCAUGGGCAAAUGCCCAACUUUCAUGGACAAACCUGUUGGGGGGGCCGGGCGGAGCGGAGAGGAUAAAAGGAAACCUCUCAGAACUAGUAGUUGCCCCCCAGGGGCAAGGAGGGAAGAGGCGGUGUGGAGCAGCAGGCAGCACAAUGAGCCGCAACCACUCAGGAGAAGUCUAGUCGGGCAAGUGAAACACCGACAGGUAAGCAAGAUGCUGCCAGAUUUCCUCCCCCCGCUUCCCCAGCUCCUUGGCACCAAGGAAAGUGAGAAAGACACCCUCACUUACUUGAGGAGAAAGCAUGUUUGCUGGGAUGCCAACAGGGGAAUGGGAGCAAGAAUCAUGGAGGAUCCAAGAGCAGGGUUCAGAAGCCAGCUCUGGGAUGCAGAAGUGGUGUGCCACUUAGAGGCAGGUACCUAUUUCUGUACAUCCUUGGAAAUUUAUUCUGUAUCCUAGGGAAUUUAUUUAAUAAAG